AUGCCACCCCAAAUUAAACAGGACCUGAAUCGGUCAGGUUGGGAGUCUACAGAUUUUCCGUCUGUCUGCGAAAACUGUCUUCCCGAGAACCCUUACGUCAAAAUGCUUAAGGAGGACUACGGAUCGGAAUGUAAACUAUGCACAAGACCAUUCACUGUCUUCAGCUGGAGCGCCGAUCGAGCUCACGGCCGAAAAAAACGAACAAAUAUAUGCCUGACGUGUGCGCGCCUGAAGAACUGCUGUCAGGCAUGUAUGCUGGAUCUUUCCUUCGGUCUGCCAAUUGUUGUUCGUGAUGCCGCCUUGAAAAUGGUAGCUCCGGGACCGUCUUCCGACAUCAACCGGGAAUACUUCGCCCAAAAUAAUGAACGGGCUAUCGAAGAAGGUCGCGCUGGAGUGGAGGAGUAUGAGAAAACGGAUGAUAAGGCUAGGGAACUUCUGCGAAGAUUGGCAGCCAGUAAGCCAUACUUUCGGAAGGGCCGGCCAGUAGAGGGUCUGGACGACGAGCUACAGGUUGGCCUACAAUCGGGAUCUGCCUCAGCUUCAAGCUCAAGACAAGUUGGACUGGGAGGCAACCCUGCGGUGGGUGCUGGAGUUGGUGGACCAGGACCAAUCCGAACAAGGGACUCGAGAGCUGCCGCAGCUUUCAGUACCCGGUCCGGCAGAGCUAAACAGGUGUUCCCUAGCACUGCUCAACUGCCCCCCGGACCACAAGACUGGAUGCCACCCGCGGACAAGAAUAUCAUGUCACUCUUUGUAACCGGAGUUGAGGAUGACCUUCCCGAGCACAAGAUACGCGACUUCUUCAAAGUGCAUGGCAAAAUCAAGAGCUUGGUCUGCUCGCACAUGUCACACUGCGCAUUCGUUAACUAUGAAACAAGAGAGGGUGCAGAGAAGGCUGCGGCAGCUUGUCAGGGCCGGGCUGUUAUUGCGGGCUGCCCAUUGCGUGUUCGCUGGGGCGUUCCAAAAGCCAUUGGCACGAUGGACAAGGAGCAGCGGUCACAAAUGCUCAUCGAUGCCCGGCGUGGACAAGGAGGCCUGCGUUCAAGUGAGGGAAAGGGUGGGCGGAAGCAAAUCGCGAAUGGUGCUAGUACCGCAGAUGCUUCAGCGUCAGCAACAACUCCUGCAGUUGCGCCUCCGCCGGGGUCAGGCGACGGUCCACAAUAUGCCAGUCUCAAAGGCGAUUAG